UCUUUAAAAACGGAACUAUGGCAACGCGUUUAUGAUAUUUGUCAACAAGAAGCUGAAUAUUUAAAAGUAAUCCCAACGCAUCAAUUUGUUUCAGCUCUCACAGAUUUGGUGUAUAAGCAAGCUGAAACCUCUGCAAUGAACAUGGAGAAUUUUGCAAAUCACGCGAAUCGUACCACUAUUUUAAUGGAAGACGUAAAGUUACUUACUCGAAGGAACGAAGACUUAAAUGAUAUGAUUAAUAACUUUGCUGAACAUAUUAAUGAAAAAC